AUGUCUACUCUUCGAAAUGUCUUCCGCGUCUCAACUCGAUAUCUUCAUACCAAUCUACGUCCUCUAACACGCAGCUUCUCCGUCCUUCCACGUCUAUCAGCUCCACCAUCUCAAAAACCAUCCCCACCGAACCGCGAAGCUGCGAAAUCCCAAAGCGAUCAAGCAUAUCUAGGUACGAUAAAACGUCUACCUGAAUUCAGUCUGCUCGAUAAAGUAGUAUGUGUUUCAGGAGCUGGGAGAGGAUUAGGAUUGGUGCAGGCAGAAGCAUUAUUGGAAGCUGGUGCUAAAGUUUACGCACUCGAUCGUCUCGAAAAUCCCUCUCCCGAAUUCGAACGCAUCGCAGAGCGCGCACAAAAAGAACUAGGUACAUCACUUUCCUAUCGCCGCAUCGACGUCCGAGAUGUCGAGUCUUUAAAUUCUAUAGUUGAGGAGAUAGCACAGAAGGAAGGACGUCUGGAUGGUUUAAUAGCAGCAGCAGGAAUCCAACAAGAAACCCCAGCUUUAGACUAUAAAGCCGAAGAUGUGGAUCUCAUGAUGAGUGUAAACGUAACCGGAGUAUUCAUGACAGCCCAAGCCGUUGCAAAACAAAUGGUAAAAUUCGGUAAUGGGGGUAGUAUAGUACUUAUAGCCAGUAUGAGUGGUACAGUCGCUAAUCGAGGUCUCAUAUGUCCCGCGUAUAACGCAUCCAAAGCGGCGGUUCUCCAACUCGGCCGCAAUCUAGCUAGUGAAUGGGGUGAAUAUAAUAUUCGCGUCAAUACUAUUUCUCCGGGUUAUAUCGUGACGGCUAUGGUUGAGGAUCUUUUUGUUAAAUUCCCGGAGAGGAGAACGGAAUGGCCUAAACAGAAUAUGUUGGGGAGAUUGAGUAAACCUGAGGAAUAUAGAGGCGCGGCGGUGUUUUUGGUUAGCGAUGCUAGUAGUUUUAUGACUGGUGGUGAUUUGAGAAUAGAUGGGGGUCAUUCUAGUUGGUAG